AUGUCCCGCCGCAAGAUCUCGUCAGAGUCCUUCAGCUCGCUGGGCUCGGACUGCCCGGAGACGAGCCCCGAGGAGGAGGGCGAGUGUCCCCUGUCCCGCCUCUGCUGGAACGGCAGCCGCAGCCCCCCCGGCCCCGCUGACAUCCCCUUCGCCGCCGCCGCCGCGGCCAGCGCCGGGGCGCGCCGCGCACCGCGCCGCCGGCGGGUCAACCUGGACUCGCUGGGCGAGAGCAUCCGCCGGCUGACGGCCCCCGCGCCUCAGACCAUUCGGCAGACUCUUCAAAAGACACUGCAGUAUUUUGAGCAUCAAGUUAUUGGUUACAGAGAUGCAGAGAAGAAUUUUCACAAUAUAUCAAACAGAUGCUCCUACACAGACUGCUCUGGCAAUGAAGAAACUGAAGAUGUCUCAGGAAUUCUCCAGUGUACGGCUAAUGUGCUUGGUCUGAAGUUUGAGGAAAUGCAAGAAAAGUUUGGGGAGGAAUUCUUCAACAUCUGCUUUGACGAAAAUGAAAGAGUUCUUCGAGCUGUAGGUGGGACCCUUCAAGACUUCUUCAAUGGCUUUGAUGCUUUGCUGGAGCAUAUUAGAACUUCAUUUGGAAGACAGGCCACCCUGGAAUCUCCUUCUUUCCUAUGCAAAGAACUCCCUGAAGGCAAUCUCAUGCUUCAUUAUUUUCACCCGCAUCAGAUUGUGGGAUUUGCAAUGCCAGGAAUGAUAAAAGCGGCAGCAAAGAAGAUUUACCGCUUGGAAGUGGAAGUAGAACAGGUCACAAACGAUAAGUUGUGUUCAGAGGGGACAAAUCCAGGUAACUGCAGUUGUUUGACUUUCCUUAUCAAAGAACAUGAAAAUGCAAAUACCACAAAAGUACUUCCACCAGGAACUUCCCAGUCCCCCUUAGACCUGAGGAUUAGUAUCAGCACCUUCUGCAGAGCUUUCCCCUUUCACCUGAUGUUUGAUCCAAACAUGCUGGUUCUCCAGCUUGGAGAAGGUCUUAGGAAGCAGCUGAGAUGUGACACUCAUAAAACGCUGAAAUUCCAAGAGUGCUUUGACAUAGUCUCUCCUAAAAUCAGUGCCACAUUUGAACGAGUUCUCCUGAGGUUAUCUACACCCUUUGUCAUUCGGACCAAACUUGAGGAUUCUGAUUCUGAAAGUAAAGAUAAGGUGAUGGAAAUUAAAGGACAAAUGAUUCAUGUGCCAGAAUCAAACUCUAUAUUGUUUCUGGGUUCCCCCUGUGUGGACAAGCUGGAUGAGCUGAUGGGCCGAGGCCUCCAUCUUUCGGACAUACCUAUCCAUGAUGCUACUCGUGAUGUCAUAUUGGUUGGGGAGCAAGCAAAGGCACAGGAUGGCUUGAAAAAACGAAUGGAUAAGCUGAAGGCUACGCUAGAAUGUACACACCAAGCCCUGGAAGAGGAGAAAAAGAAGACAGUAGAUCUCCUUAUUUCUAUUUUCCCUGAAGAGGUGGCUCAGCAGUUGUGGCAGGGGCAGCAGGUUCAGGCCAGGAAGUUUGAUGAUGUCACCAUGCUCUUCUCAGACAUUGUUGGCUUCACUGCCAUCUGUGCCCAGUGCACGCCCAUGCAGGUCAUCAGCAUGCUCAACGAGCUCUACACGCGCUUCGACCACCAGUGUGGAUUCCUUGACAUCUACAAGGUGGAAACAAUAGGUGAUGCGUACUGCGUUGCAGCAGGGCUCCAUAAGAAAAGCCUUAGUCAUGCCAAAGCCAUUGCCCUGAUGGCACUGAAGAUGAUGGAGCUUUCAGAAGAGGUUCUUACUCCAGAUGGAAGCCCGAUUAAGAUGAGGAUAGGCAUUCACUCAGGUUCAGUGCUGGCCGGCGUCGUCGGUGUGAGAAUGCCGCGCUAUUGCCUCUUUGGGAACAACGUCACCCUCGCGAGCAAGUUCGAGUCAGGAAGUCACCCACGCCGCAUCAACGUCAGUCCCACCACAUACCAGCUUUUGAAAAAGGAAGAAAAUUUUAUUUUUAUCCCUCGUUCCCGUGAAGAGCUUCCAGAAAACUUUCCAAAGGAAAUUCCUGGGAUCUGUUACUUCCUGGAGGUUAGAAGUGGUCAGAAGCCGCCAAAACCUUCCAUCCCAUCUGCCAGAGUGAGAAAGGUGUCUUACAACAUCGGCACCAUGUUCCUCCGGGAGACCAGCCUAUGA